AUGGUGUAUGGCAAAAGGUGUCAUUUACCAGUAGAGCUGGAGCACAAGGCCUUUUGGGCAGUCAAUAAGGUAAACUAUGACUGGAAUGAGGCGGGGCAAUCAAGGAAGCUUGAGAUUGAAGAGUUAGAGGAAAUCAGAAUAGAGGUGUAUGACAAUGCAGUUCUCUACAAAGAAAGAAUGAAGAAAAGUCACGACGCCCUGAUCACAAACAAGCAGUUCAGCUAUGGACAAAAGGUCCUUUUGUACCAAACUCGGUUCAAAUUUACCUCAGGAAAGCUGAGUACAAAAUGGACUGGGCCGUUUGAAGUACAGGCCCAAUUCCCAAAUGGAGCCGUCGAAGUCAAGAAUCCAAAGUCAGGGAGAGUAUUCAAGGUGAAUGGACAGAGACUGAAGGCCUAUUAUGGGCACGAACCGAAGAUUGGGGAGGAGCUGGAUCCAUCCCCAGAAACAAAUCACUUGGGAUAA